AUGAGCGACAAAGACGAGCCACUACGUGAGCAAAAAUUAGCACAACCUGCACCAGACAUACACCAUAGCUUUUUGACUCGCCAUGUACCUGCACAAUACUCCAAUACAAGGAAACUAUGCUAUCGCCAUCGUCCCGAUUUAACCCGGAAACGAAUGCCUGAUUCCUUCAACUUUGAAGACGUACAACGACAAAUGGAAACGCUUCCAACUUCAGACAGAGCGGCCAUUUCACGCAUUUGGAGUUUGUUUUCAGCAGCACCAGCCGAUCAACGCACACUUAUUUUGAAGGGUCUGCUUUCGACUUGCUGCAUGCCACAACUAUCAUUUUUGUAUGACGAGAUUAGACCGCUGCUACGAAUUGAUUUUAGUUACAUUCUGCCUCGUGAAGUGUCGCUACGGAUCUUUUCAUUCUUGGAUGCCAAGUCACUAUGCCAUGCUGCUCAAGUAUCGCAAUCCUGGCGUUCGCUUGCAGACGACGACGCAUUGUGGCAUAGAAUGUGCGAACAGCAUAUCGAUAAGAAAUGUACAAAAUGUGGCUGGGGCUUGCCCCUGCUAGACAAUAAACGUGCAAAUGUACCACGAAAACGGUUGCCAGAUCAAUCUGUAGUAACAACCCAUCGUGUUGGCAGUACUGACGACACUUCGCCACUGCGUACAGCCUGCGGACCAGCAGCUCUUGAUCAAGACGAAGCACAUCCAACGAAACGAGCCAAGAUUGAUCAUAGUGGCACGACAGUCGAAUCCUUUGAAGGUGGAGUGUAUCCGUCACACAACACCGAAAUAGUUCCUGUGGUGACUCGACGACCUUGGAAAGAAGUCUACAGCGAGCGACUGGUGGUGGAACGCAAUUGGCGACGCAACAAAUACAAUGUGCGCGUGCUCAAGGGGCACACGGAUGGCGUAAUGUGCGUCCAAUUUUGCGACGCCAAUAAUAUCGUCAUGACCGGGUCUUACGACAAAUCGGUCAAAGUGUGGAGUCUUGACACAGGCGAAACGAUCCGCACAUUGGAAGGCCAUACACGCUGUGUGCGUGCACUUCAAUUUGACAAUGCAAAAGUAGUGACCGCUUCCAUGGAUCACACCCUCAAGAUAUGGGAUUGGCACGCCGGACGGUGCAUUCGCACGCUUGAAGGCCACACUGGCGGUGUCUUGAGCCUGCACUUUGAUUCCAAAUUGCUUGCCAGCGGUUCUACGGAUAUGACGAUCCGGGUAUGGGACUUUCAACGAGGCGAAUGCUGUACGCUCACCGGACACAAUGAAUGGGUCAACUCUGUUCGCAUCUGUUCGCAAGACAACCUGCUUGUAUCCGGUAGCGACGAUUCUACUAUCCGCUUGUGGGAUUUGCAAACGCGGUCGUGCAUCAAGGUGUUCCAGGGCCAUGUGGGCCAAGUUCAAGUUGCACUGCCAAGUCCAAGGGGAUUUAAGCAUCGAUUCAAUGGAGAUCAUACCGAUAGCAGCAAUCCUGUUGUCAAUACCGCAUCGCCAAUGAACCUCAACAACUUCCAGCCAGCAUGUGCUACGGAGGAUAGAGCAAGCACAGCCAACCGACGCCAGGUGCAAGCACCUGAUGAUUGUAACUCGUCACCACCGUUGAACGCCUUGUCCGACACACCUAUCAUUGUGUCUGGCAGCUUGGACAACACACUCAAGUUCUGGACGUUUGAAGGCGUAUGUUUGCGUACACUAUUUGGCCACGUCGAAGGCGUAUGGAGUCUUGCCUUUGAUAGCUUGCGCAUUGUCUCUGGCUCGCACGACCGAACGGUGCGGGUGUGGGACCUUGAGAAUGGCCACUGUAUGCAUGCGCUGGAGGGACACAGCGGACCAGUGACUGCAGUGGCAAUGAGCGAUACCAAGAUCGUCUCCGCAAGCGAAGACUGUGAAGUGCGCAUCUGGGAUUAUAGUGCCAACCAGUAA